CCCCGACCCUUGGCUCCGAUUAUUCCGCGCAGAAGAUGAGUAUCCCGCCGCUCCCUCGCAAGCUGCGGCCUCCCCCGAGGAGGAGGGACGGGCUCGGCGGGACGCUGCCUCUGCCGGAGUGGGGCCUGUUGGGGGCGGAGGUGUUACUGGCGAAGAAGCCCUUUGCGUCCGCGGCACUCGCCGCUGCUCUCUCGCCAGGCCCGAGGGAGCGUCAGGCUCGGGCCCCGCCGCGCGCUCUUGCGCCGCUCUGCUGCCUCUCGGGUGGGGGCGGCGGUCUCCAGCUGCUCGAAGCGCCGAGGGCAGGUGCAGCCGGGAGAGCCCUGCUGGGUCACGUCGAGCCUGUUCCCCUCCGGGGCCUGCCCGCCCGCCCUUGCUUGAGACGUGCAGGGCUUUGUUCGCUCCGCAGCUAAAUCCUGCUGGUGCCAGCUCGGGUGUCUUGGAAGCAUUUUCUUUGAAUAAGAAGUCAUCCUCAAAAUAAUCUCAAACCAUACAUGGCCUCAGCUGUAAUCAGUUCAGUUCCCACUACUGCAUCUCGCUUUGCUCUAUUACAAGUGGAUAGUGGUAGUGGUUCUGAUUCAGAGACUGGAAAGGGAAGAAGUGGUCGAGGUGCUGGGAAGUCUCAAGCUUCAGGGGGAAAAUCAACUACAAAUGAGAAGAAGAAAGAAAAGAGGAGAAAAAAGAAGGAACAGCAGCAGAGCGAGGCUAAUGAGCUCCGAAAUCUUGCUUUUAAAAAGAUUCCUCAGAAAUCCUCUCAUGGAGGCUGUCUGUCUCAACAUGAACAACCAUUGCACAGCCCAGUGCAAAAAGACACUCGGGAAGAAAAUUGGCAAGAGUGGAGACAAAGAGAUGAACAGCUGACAUCUGAAAUGUUUGAAGCAGAUCUUGAAAAGGCAUUACUGCUAAGCAAACUGGAAUAUGAAGAGCACAAAAAGGACUAUGAAAAUGCUGAAAAUGCUUCUCCUCCCUCAAAGUCGGUGAAUAAGAAAGAGAAAAGAAAGAACCAGCAGGGAAAAGACAAACCUCUCACAGUGUCUCUGAAAGACUUUCAGUCAGACGUUAAUAUAGAUCCCCUUGCAAAAAAGCACGAGGAACUGAGCUCUUCCCAGACUUUAUUGCAUGAUGGAGGAUUCUUCAAUAGACUGGAAGAUGAUGUUCAUAAAAUACUUAUUAGAGAAAAAAGGAGAGACCAACUCACAGAUUACAAUGGAGUGGAUAACUGUACAUCUCAUGAACAUAGUCAGGAGGUUAUUUUGAAAGAUGGAAAAACAGAACGAUUAAAGUUGGAACUUGAAAAGAAAGAUACAGAAAUUCAGCAACUGAAAUGCAUCAUUACUCAAUGGGAGGUGAAGUAUAAAGAAGUAAAAGCAAGAAAUGCACAGCUGUUGAAAAUGUUGCAGGAAGGUGAAAUGAAAGACAAAGCAGAAAUACUUCUACAGGUUGAUGAAUCUCAGAGCAUCAAGAAUGAGUUGACCUUACAAGUGACUACACUUCAUGCUGCAUUAGAACAAGAAAGAUCUAAAGUGAAAUUAUUACAAGCAGAACUAACAAAAUAUCAGGGUGGGAGAAAAGGGAAAAGAAACUCCGAAUCUGACCAAUGCAGGUGAUUAUACUUGCCAUCAAGUUGAAAGCAAAAAAUCAAAUCUUGUUCUUCAGGGUUUUGCAGAAAUGUAUAUAUUUGUUGUACACUGCAAAACUAUGCAGUUUUUUUGGAAAGAAGCUAACAAUUACUAAUUUGACUGACAUUCUAAAUAGUUAAUUUGUUGCACUUUCUGUUAAAGAAAAAGUAGAGAACUGUUCUAGCAGAGCUCAAACAUUGUUGCUGUUAAUGCCAUAAUUAGUUUUCAUCAGUCAAUAAAAUUUACUCUUUCAUUUGUA